UUCCACAUCCAUGGGUUACUUUGGGACACAGUUGUGCCCGUCGCUCCAAACUGCCCCCCUUGCUCCCUGGGUGUUGACAUCCCUCUGUAAUUUAAUGUCUGCUGGCCUUGGCAAAACCACGCUGGACCAAUUUAGCCCUUCCUGUUUGUAGUAAACCCUCUUACCUCCAAGUUCCCUCCCAUGUUUAGUUUAGCAGCUCCUGUUUCAGUUUGCUCCUGGUUUUCUUGGGAAGUGUUAGUGAGGAGAUCCCUUUUCAUUGUAAUUUUGAGAUAACAUCAGAAGUGGCUACUUCUUGGGCUUAAGAGCUAAGACAAGCCCUGACGUCUGAAAAACAAGAAUUCAAAAAGCAAGAAUCUAUGUUUACUAUCAACGACGUUGACAGAAUCAGAGGAAAAGAAGCUGUAAAGUGAACUUCCAGAGCAGUCAGCAGAGAGAACUCUCCAACCCUCCCCACUUGAAGGAUCUGUUUGUUCAAUCAGUUUGGAUCUCUGUCAACAGCCGGCCACCCAAAUUUACGGGCACAGUUUUCGUCAAGCAUGUUCCAGUAAUUUCCUGGGGUAAGGAGUUGAAGAAGAAAAGCAACCUGCUCUGUUUGCAAAGAUUUUUUUUUCUUGAAAAGAAACUUGGCUUGAGGGGAACCACUUGAGAAAAUGGAAGAAACCACAAGACUGACAACAGUGGAUGAAACGAAACCGUCACCUCAGGAACUCUGUGAGAUACAUAAGGAAGAACUGAGUCUCUUCUGUGUGGAGGACCAAGCACCUCUUUGCUCCGUCUGCAGAAAAUAUUGGGAUCAUGCUUCGCACACUGUGAUUCCCAGAAGCCUGGCAGCAGAGAGAGAAAAACAGGGGACUGGAAGCCCACUGAAUAGGUGGGAGAAUAGUUCUUCAAAAUCAGAGCCAAUUCAUCCUCUCAUUAUAGGAUACUGGAACAACACAGCUGCCUUCAAAGGGACAGCAGAAACACUUGACGGAAACAAGAUGGAUGAUGCAAAAAAACUGCUGAUUGAGACAUGGGUUGACCUCAGCUUGGAAAAGAACAAGGAAGAAGGUACUCCAGCAAAUUCCAGGCUCCAAAACUCAGUUACGUGGAUCGUUCUGGUACUAUUCAUUAUCCAGAUUGUGGGCUUGGUCACAACCAUCUUCGUUUUUACAAAGGCCAAACCUAAUCUUCCAGCUGCAGCUGCUAUCACCAUGUCCCCUUGCUGUCCACCUGACUGGGUCAUGAACCAAGGGAACUGCUAUCAUGCUCCGGAAGCGGAAGGGGGCUGGGAUGCUGGCCAGCACUACUGUUCCUCCCUUGGUGCCUCCUUGGCCGUGAUUGAAAACAUAGAGAAACUGAACAUUGCACUGAAAGACAAAGGACCCUUCAACCAUUGGGUUGGCCUCCUCAGAGAAUCAGAUGACAGGUGGAAAUGGACUGACGGGACCGUGUUUAACAACCUCUUUGAAAUCCAAGGAGAUGGACCAUGUGCUUAUCUAACCCAGGAGACGGUGAGCAGUGCCAACUGUUCAGCUGAGAAGAAGUGGCUUUGCAGCCAGAAAGUGAAGAUAGGAGAUGGAAGCCACGGUCGCUGUCUGGGGACGUAAAGUCUUCGGGGUCUGAUGUCUAUUGAAGGAGUCUGGAGUGCUUUCCUCUGUUCCUAGCUGCCACUCCUUGCGUGUGUGUGCAGUGAUAAAUGUCAAUAAUUUGCCAAACCAAGUGACCUGUCAUAAUAGCAUCUUCUCGCCAGAGGUUGGGAGUUUGAGUAUUGUAACAUCUGAGGAAGAAUUAAAUAUUUUCUCAUGGUAGGACUACAAGAGCAGGUAUUAGGCAAUGUAGGCAAACAUCAUGUGAUUUAUGUUGUAGUCUUGUUAUACUAGGUUGCAAUCCUGAAUAUACUUUCUUGAGGGGAA